ACACAACCGCAGUAAGCAAAUAUGGCAGCGGCUGUCGACAGUGUUGUGAAAGUGCUUGGAGAGCAGUAUUACAGAGAUGCCCUGGAGCAGUGUCACAACUACAACGCUCGCCUCUGUGCUGAGCGAAGCAUCCUCAUGCCGUUCCUGGACUCUCAGACUGGUGUCGCCCAGUCCAACUGCUACAUCUGGAUGGAGAAGAGGCACCGAAGUGCAGGCGUAGCUCCAGGACAACUGUACACUUACCCAGCCCGUCGUUGGAGGAAGAAACGGCGCUCCCAUCCUCCCGAGGACCCUCGCUUGGCUUUCCCAACUCUAAAAGCAGCUGACUUGGAUCUGGGUCUGAAGCGUGAGGCUUUGGGAGCGGCGGAUGGAAGCAGCUUGGAGGCGCUGCUGAAAGGGGAGUCUCUUGAAAGGAGGAGCGGGGCGCCGGACCUUCGCGGCCCAGAGGAAGAUCCAGCAACUGUGGAGCCUCCUGCUACUUCAACAGUUACUCACACGUCCUCGGGGCGCAUCCGUAAGAGAGUUCUUGACCACGACGACUACUUGGAUGAUCUGGAUGAUGAAGACUUUGAAGAUGAGACGCCCAAGAGAAGAGGCAAGACCAAGUCAAAGGGCCGAAGUGAUAAGAAUGGCAAGAAGAAAUCUGAGGCUGCAGCGGCGGCGCUGGAGGAGAGGGACAAACCUUACGCCUGCGACAUCUGUGGGAAGCGCUACAAGAACCGUCCCGGCCUGAGCUACCACUAUACACACUCUCACCUGGCAGAGGAGGAGGGCGAGGACCACGAGGAGAUCGAGGCACCACCCACUCCUCGCCAGCCUGAGGAGCAGAAGACAAAUAAGAAGGGUCCCAACGGGUUGGCACUGCCCAACGACUACUGCGACUUCUGCCUGGGAGAUUCCACUUUAAAUCAAAAGACCGGUCAAUCAGAAGAGCUGGUGUCUUGCUCAGACUGUGGACGAUCAGGCCACCCGACGUGCCUGCAGUUCACGCCGGUGAUGAUGGCUGCAGUGAAGACUUACCGCUGGCAGUGCAUCGAGUGCAAAUGCUGCAACGUUUGUGGCACGUCGGAGAAUGAUGACCAGCUGCUGUUCUGUGAUGACUGUGACCGAGGAUACCACAUGUACUGUCUAACUCCACCCAUGACUGAACCACCAGAGGGGAGUUGGAGCUGCCACCUGUGUCUGGCUCUGCUGAAGGACAAAGCCUCCAUAUACCAGCAGAACCAGAGCUCUGCCCCUGAGUGACAGCAGAACGUGAACCCCACCUCUCAGCGCCUGGACUCCCCCCAACCCCAGUUCAAAAUAUCAGCCCUCCUCUCAGUCCGUGCCGCUGGGCUUCUGUCCCGACGUGACUGAGUCAGAUCCCAGAUCAGUUUUACAAGCCGUUCCCCUCUACAUCCCUAGUCAGGGGGACUCGAAACGAAAAACCAGACCUCAGAUCAGUCAACACGGGGAUCAAACCAUCACUAAUAACCUGCCUACAAACGCCCAGGAACUUGUCAUCAAACAUGUACUGCACCGUGUGUACAUACAUUAGAUGCACACGUCCCAUCGUACUGCUAGAGACCUAGAGCGCGCAGUAACCAUAGCAACUGCCGUCUCCAUGGGAGCUCCUGGGAGCAAAAAAAAAAAGAAGAUUAGCAUCACGGCUAAUUACCUGCAGCUCCACACUCAAAGACACAGCGUUGACUGUUGACAGUCUCCCAAACGAUCUAUUUUUACUCACCGAACGUGACGACGUCGCCACACAUCUGGUCAGAGGAUGUUGCUGUGUCUGAUUGUUGCUUUUAUGGUGGUUUUAGUGUGUGUACUGUUGUCCCAUCUGUAGGAGCAUUUACUGUGUUUUGUAGGUUUCCACAACGAACAGUCACAAAUCCCAGCGACUCGUCUCUAUAAAGCAGCAGGACCAAGAUGGUGAAAUAAGUUAGUGGACAACGUAACGGCUUCUUAUCGUUCAGUAUAUUUAAAUACAGCUCCGUCGUUUCAAGCACUACAUGAGAGAGAGAGACUGCGGAGUUCAUGAAAGCCUUCAUACUUACAGUCACAUCAUUUUUCUCUCCGAUGAGUUUUUGCAUCGUUUUUAAAAAUGCUUUGGCAGCUUUAUAUUUCCUUUCACACGUACUGAGCAGCUGCCGACGAGCCAGCGACGCUCUUACAUUUCAUCACACGGAAGCUGGUUUGCAUGCAGAACACAAUUUCAUAUCACAAGUGUUUCUUCGAGUUUUCGUUUUAUUUUCUACAUUUUAUAUUGCCUGAUCUCCUGUUAGUAUUUGGGAGUUGUUACUAGUCAAAUUUUGUAAAAU